AUGCCCACGACUCUUCCUCGCUCCCGCCGGCUCGUUCGUCGCAAGGAUCGCAUCGCAUUUCUGUCUUGUUGCCCGAGAUCUCAUGCGCUAACCGUCGACUCCCUCCCUCAGACACUCUCGUUCGGAAGCGCAUACAUACAAGACCGAAAUUCGGUAAUCAUGGCUACCAUGGCAGCGGCUUCUCGCGAUAUCCCCCAGGCCUCCUCGAGCCGAGACAACUUAACUGCUGUAGCGGCUCGGAGUGUCCCUGCGACUGUGACACGAUCUCAACCCCUCCCUACUCCCCCCAACUCCAUCUCUCCCUCCCUUCCGCCUCACGGGCUCAAGGCGCAACUCCAGAAGGCCAAGCUUGAGCCUAUUGACUCAGACCUGGACCUUCACGAGUCCUCGGACCACGGUCGGUCUGUAUCGCCUGCCCUCGAGGCGUCGGGUGCCAUCACCAGCUCCCUCCUCGCCCGAUAUCACCUGCCAGAGAUCCUGCUCAACCACGGUCCCUUGGCGAUCCGACACAUUAUGGGAUACCUGACCACCUCGGUCCCCGGGUUCUCAGGGAUCCCCCCAACAAAGGCGAGGCGACUGGUUGUGGGAGCGUUGGAAGGUCGGGGAGGUGAAGGAGGUGGACUGGCUGGAGAGGUGGAAUUUGAAAAGGUGGGAUGGGGACGAUGGGAUGCCCGCCAGCGAGGACAGCCGGCGCGACACCGACAGGGAACGCCCCCUUCGUCCUACGGAGCAGGCAUCCCCAUCUCUAAGAACGGCGGUAGAGGACAGGAUCGGGCCCGACUUAUGGCGUCUUCGAGCAACGGAGAUUCGGUCAACUUCUCCCACGAUGAUGACCACGACAUCUCCAUGAUGGAGCAUGAGGCGGACAAGAUGUCCAUGGACGGAUACGCGUCAGCUUCGUGCUCUGAGGCUCCGGAGGACGACGUUGUCAUGAACGACGACCCUGAGGAUGCGACCGACGACGAGGACUGGGCAGCGGUGGGGGCCGCUGCUCUCCGAGCCGAGUCCUACCCCAACCAGGCUGCGGCCCAGACGGACCGCGGCUUCGUUUCUUCUUCUGUAUAUACACCAGGUGGACUUCGCUCCUUCUCCGCCAGCUCCGGCAUGGCGCGCCCACCUCAACCAGCACAUAUCGACUUUUCGGCGUUGGCGGGUACCUCUGACGCACAGGAGCGGGAGGCCGUCGAGGCCCUUCUGCGACUCGGUUCUGUAUAAUACCUCUCUGCAUGCGUGGCGUUUGGGGGCUUCCGGAAUUUGGCUGAGGGCAUUCAUUCGGUUUGGGUUGGCUGGGCCCAAAAGGGAAGGCCGUGUCGGCCCAACAUGAUCGAGGCGGCGACCUCUAGAUCACAGCUCACUAUCACGAUGACACGGUCUUCGAACGGAUUUCUGGGUUAUGGCUUUUUAUUUUCUCAUCGGUUUCGAUUCUCGGCGUCUUGGUACUCGGCGGCAUCCUGUCCUAUGGGAGGCGGAUGAUUUUUUGUCGGCUUUGGGGAUAAAGUCAGCAAACGGCAUGGGUCAUUCAAGGUUUCAACGCUUGGGUUAACCCCAGGCACAAACCUUGAACGCGGGUCUUAUUAUUUUUUAUUGAGGGGAUACAAGUCCAAGACAGAUAUGUCUUGGCUCGCUUGUUCUUCCUGUCCCUCCAAGGGAGCAGUUCGAUUCUUGGUGGUCCCAAGGGACUACUCAUGCUAGGAGUUGGACUCCUGAGCGACACGACAACUCCCUCGAUGGGAAGGGCUGGUCUCUGAGGUUGCGUCGUCUCCUUGGGGCAUUCUGUUUUACACAUACCCGGUUACCCGAGCCUGGCUUUGAGCAUCCACAAGCAGAUCCUACCACUUCAACAUGGCAUUGUGGAGGACUAUGACGACAGAUAUUUUCAUGCCUUUGUGGGCAGUUGCAGCCAGUUUUUGCAACUUUCUCGACUAUUUGUUUAAUUACCUUUUGAAGGGGAUUUGGGGCGGGCGAGCCAGCAUCAUUAGAUAGAGGAGGAUGAGGUGGAAAGGGGAACACAUUGGAUGAACAUGGUACAAGACAUGGAUAUGAUAUCAUGGCUGGAAUCAAAAGGAGCUGGACGCCAUCACGAGCGUGCCCCU